AGGAAGGAGGAAAGAGGAAACGGGAAAGGGGAAAGAAGUGCCCGCCGGCCCGAACUGCGAAGCAUGGAGCGGGACGACACCGACACCGUGAGCUCGUCCAAAAAGACCAUGAUGGCGAGGAUCUUUAAAGUUCGCAAGCGGAGGGAGAUGCUGUUCGUGCAGGUGUGCUUCAUCUGCAGUGUCCUCUUCGUGGCGUGGGGCAUGUCGGCGCUGCUGACCAAGACAGGUCACGGGAUGCUCGUGGAAGGACAGCCACACGCGGAAUACUGGGGAAGACGACUAAUGGCUUCGGUUCCAGACAAUGAGACGGAGCCGAAGAACUGUUCAGAGCCAGCAAUACACGAGUUCCCCGGUGACCUUUUCACCAAUCCAGAAAGAAAGAGCGGGGCCAUUAUGCUGCACAUUGUGGCGACCCUCUACAUGUUCCUGGCCCUCGCUAUCGUGUGCGACGAAUACUUUGUGACCGCGCUGGAGAAGAUCUGUGAGAAACUCGAUCUGAGUGAAGAUGUUGCCGGAGCCACCUUCAUGGCAGCUGGCAGUUCUGCACCAGAGCUCUUUGCAUCCGUCAUUGGUGUCUUCAUCACCCAUGGAGACGUGGGGGUGGGCACCAUCGUUGGCUCAGCAGUCUUCAACAUCCUCUGCAUCAUUGGUGUCUGCGGGAUCUUCGCUGGACAGGUGGUGAUUCUGACCUGGUGGGCUGUUUUCAGGGAUUCCUUCUACUACACCCUGUCCGUCUUGGCUUUGAUUGCAUUCAUCUACGACGGGAAGAUAGUUUGGUGGGAGAGUUUGGUGCUGGUGCUCAUGUACGCUGGGUACAUCCUCGUCAUGAAAUUCAACUCCAGCAUGCAGAGGUUUUUCAUGGGGACGAAGAAGAAGAAGAACGUGGCGAAUGGUAACGCCGCGGCCAGCAGUGAGAUGGAGGAUGGUAAUACUAGUUAUGACAAUGUUUGGGAUGACAACCCGUCAUUGCCUUUACUCUCGAAAGUGAAGCCCACCAAGCCUUACAGCCAGGGCUCGGUGGUGAACGUGGACGAGAUCCUGAACGCCAGCCCUUCAAAGUACAGGUUCCCAGAGGCCGGGCUCCGUGUCAUGGUCACCAGCCAUUUUGGACCCAAGACCCGUCUGCGCAUGGCCAGUCGCCUCAUCAUCACAGAGCGUCAGAAGUUGGUCCAAGCUGCCAACGGCGUGGAGACACAGGUGAUCGACGGCAAGGUCGAGAUCGAGAACGGAAACGUGCCCGAGGACAAACCCACGGAGACGGAGGAAAAUGUAACCAUCUCACCAUUUCAUCUUCCAAGGAAUUUCGGCAGCAGGUGCAAGUGGCUGAUCUCGUGGCCCCUGCUCCUGAUGCUGUACCUAACCGUGCCAAACUGUGCCAAGCCGCGCUGGGAGAGAUUCUUCAUGCUCUCCUUCAUCCUGUCCACUGUCUGGAUCGCAGUCUUCUCCUACUUCAUGGUCUGGAUGGUCACUGUAAUCGGCUACACUCUGGGAAUCCCUGAUGUCAUCAUGGGCAUCACGUUCCUGGCAGCAGGCACCAGCGUCCCGGACUGCAUAGCCAGUCUCAUCGUGGCCCGGCAAGGUCUGGGAGACAUGGCCGUGUCCAACACCAUCGGCAGCAACGUGUUUGAUAUUCUGGUGGGACUGGGGGUUCCCUGGGCGAUUCAGACCAUGUGUGUCAGCUACGGAUCAGUGGUGAUGAUUAACAGUCGGGGGCUGCUGUACUCGGUGGUGCUGCUGCUGGGCUCCGUGGGCCUCACGGUUCUGGGGAUCCAUUUCAAUAAGUGGAGGCUGGACAUGAAGCUGGGAAUCUACGUCCUGGUCCUUUACGCCAUUUUCCUCUGCUUCUCCAUCCUGAUCGAGUACAACGUCUUCACCUUCGUCAACCUGCCCAUGUGCAUAGAGGAUUAGAGCACAGCAGCAUGUGGUGGACACCAAAACCUCAAUGCUCCAUUAGCAAACCCAAACUACUUGUCUUUUUUUCCAAUAAUACUGGACCUAUCUGCAGUCUCUCUCCUCCCCUGUGCUCCACUUGUAAUCCUUAAGUCCCAAAUAUGAAUCCAAUUUCCUCCAGGGGGAGUUCACUGUAACAGAGGACUCCAUUCUGUGUCUUCUUAUUUCCCCUCUGGUCUCAGUGCAGCUCCUUAAUGUCCAUUAUUUCAGGCGCGGCCUGAUACUGCAGUAUAUUCUUUAGUUCCUCUGUGCACCUGUUAACUUUCUAACCCUCUAGCAUGCCUUUAGAUGUCGGGGACCUCCGGAAUCAUAAGUGCCCCUGUUGAUUGUUGGCGUGUGUUUUCAUUGUUCACAUUGUAGAUUUCCACACACACCCUUUUUCAAAGCCUUUCCACAAACCAAACCCGAGUCUGUGAAGGAAAAAGAAAACAACCAAAACCCCCGUGUGGAGUGAAGCCUCCCUGAAGUGAUUCCUAAAAGAUGAACCAAGUUACCCCAGCACCCAAAGAAAAAAAGCCCCCUCCUCUUUAUCUCCCUGCCCCCCCCCUGGAGGAGGGUCCUGUCCCCGGCAGCUCCCCUUCCUCCAGCCUGGACCUGACUCCCCCGGCAUGGCCUUUGGCAUCAGGGAGCAGAUACUGUUCGUGCUUCACUCACCCGGCGUAUUUCUUCUCGACCCCUCACCUGCUCGGUCAAACCGGCUUUCUUUCUCUCUUAAAAGGACAUUGUCAGGACAGUUUGUGUGGAGACGAGCCACAGUCCGGAUCAGUUGACUGUGAGGGUGUUAUGCAUAUGCAGCACUGCACAAUGUAAAACUUGUAAACACUUUUUUUGUUUUAGUUUUUUUGUAUUUAUUUAUUUUUUUCAAAACAAGGUUUUGACUUGUCAUGAAAGGUGGAGGAGCGCUUGUUGCUGAUACAGGACAUUGCCUGUUUUUCACAGAAACAGAUUGCACAUGGAAAUGCUUUUCUUGCUUUGUGCUGUAAGGAGAUUGGACCGUGGGGGGGGGGGGGGGCUUUCAGGCUGGUGGUCGUGGCGCCGACUUCACCGCAGCGUGAGUUUCAUUCAGUGAUGGGUUGUUUCACUUUCCCUCUGCACAACUUCUGGAAAAAAAAAAAACUGUCUCCAAAUACGUGGGAUGCGUCAGAUUUCUGUCAUCAUGUGGAGACUGGUUCUCGUCUUGAGACAGCAGCAGCAGAAUGGAGGAAGUCGUUUUUCAACAAAAAAAAUGCAAAGAAACCAGGCAGUUCUCAGCACUGUCUGCUAUAACACCCUUUGGCCAGUAGGGGGUACUGCAGCCUCUCUACCCAGGGCAAGGGGUGCAAACCACAGCUGUCGGUUAUCAGGGAAACUUGGAAAUGGACACAACUCCAAGAGGUGGCGAUGGUGACGGUCUCUUGAUUUUGAGUUACAUGUAGAUAUUGCACUUUAACAGCCAUCCUCUCAUUCUGAAUCAACUAGUGCUUCCUUCUGUGCGUGUGUAUUUUCAGUGUAUAUGUCUGUGCGACUGAGAGAACGUGUGUGUAUGUAUGUAUGUGUGUGUGUAUGCGUGUGUUUUCUCACACCGAGCUCCUGACUCCGAAGCAGACUGGGAACCUCGUCGACACCAUGAGCACACCCGCCUCUGUCUGCAGUGCAUGCUGGGACACCGAAAAUGCAGCUCCUCCACAGCACAGUGAAAAAAGGCUGAGGGCCUCUGGGCGCCUCCAUGGAACCAGCCCGACCCACUUUACAAAAAUCGGCAGCUACGUGCUACACUGCAAACCAGACAUUUUGACAUCAUGCAAACAGGCCUGUGACGAGUCCACCAGUGCGGUGCAGGGACUACAGGCUGAAGCACGUGGGGGGGGGGCGUGUUUAGUUGAUUUGAAAAUAUUCCUCUGCCGCGCCGUCGGCAGCAGGCACUCGUGUAUAUGCAAUCUCAAUGUAAAGAAUCUAUGUGACCGAAGGCCCCUGCGAGGUUGCCAUACAAAGACGGGAGACCCCCGUGGAGAUGUGACGUCAGUUUGUCUCGUGGUACUUGAUGUGUGAGCUCACAGGUGUGUGUGUGUGUGUGUGUGUGCGUGUGUGGAACCGAGCCAACAGUAUGGACCUCUCUGCACCCCGUGGCAUUGUGGGAAGUCUGAUUUCACCUCCUGCACACACACUCCUUUUUUCUUUCUUUCCCCCGUCCCCUCUCGCACAAGGGCAUUAACUCUCCGCCAACACUAGCUGAAGGAGCAGCGGGGGAAGCAGGGAUGGAGGGUGGAGUUCUUUUCGCCCUCGGGACUGUCACUUUUCAGUGGACUCGGGUGAGGGCAGACUUUAAGGAAUUUUUAAAAAGUUGGACCCCUUAAACUGCUCCCCGCCUGGGUUCAGAUAGCUGUGUAACUGGACGGAGGUGACCACACAGGGCCCACAGACUCCAACGCACACCCACCUGUACGCCGCCCUUCCUCACCCGCUGGGCCCUCUGUACGAGCAGGACCCAUGUUUGUGACUCUUUUCUUGGGGAAGGUGUAUUUCGACUGUAAUUUAGUUGAUUCAGGAUGUGCAGGGUUGAGGUUUUAUUUAUUUAGAAGGUCGCUCUGUGUGGUCACGUCCCGGGUUGCCAGGUUUGAGCGGUAACACCACAGCAGGGGGGAAAUACCCCCCCCCCACUGCUCCUCUUUUUGCUCUCAUCCUGACAGCAUAUGUUUUCAUUGGUCGUCUGACUCUGAUCUUUUGUUAGUUUUUCUUUGGCAGAGCGUUGGGGGGAUUCAAAUACAAAAAAAAAAAAAAAAUGAAAUAAGAUGCCAUACUUGUCGUAACUCUGCAUAAAUUCAGAUUGUAUGGAAAUCAUGUGUCGAGAAUCAGCGCACACUUUAGAACACACGCGUUAGAAAUGGCAAUUGAGCACGAGAGAGGACCGGCGUGUAUUUCUUGAUUGAAUGCGACCUGAUGCACUGUGAGCUCAAUGUGACGUGGGAGUUGUUUGUCAAGAAUUAUAAAUGAUUAAAAAAAAAAAAAAUUAUAUUUAAUGUAAAGUUAGUUACUAUAAAACAUUAUUGAGGAAAUCUGUAUAACUUAUAUGAAUGUAUUUGUCUUGCUAUACCGGACAUAUCCAACCAAUGCAUUUUACUGUAAAGCAAUAAUGUGAAGAAAAAAAAAUAAAAUGGCAAAAUAAUUCCUGUA